CUUCCAAUUAAGUGUUGAGCUCGUGCCAAACGAGGCCGCAGCCGGCAACAACCUCCACUCAUUGUGGUGACCACCGGAAAGAACGCGGCAAGCGCCAACAACCAACUCCGUAGCCAAACUUACUGCUCGCGCCCACCGCUCCGCUCUACCAGCUGACACCGCCAUGUCUGCAGCCGCGCCCACCGUCGCCAAGUCCCUGCCGGAUCUCGUCCCGCCUGCGGGCCCGACGCCCAGCGGCACCCUCCCGCUCUCCUCCAUCGACAAGACCGCGGCGGUCCGGGUCUCGGUGGACUUCAUCCAGGUGUUCCCCCCGGCCACGGCCGGCGGGGACCGGGACCAGGACGCGGCCGUGGCCGCGAUGCGCGACGGGUUCGCGAGGGCGCUCGUGCCAUACUAUCCGGUGGCCGGCCGCAUCGCGGAGCCGACCCCCGGUGACCCCGUGGUGGACUGCACCGGCCAGGGCGUCUGGUUCGUGGAGGCCGCCGCGAGCUGCGAGCUCGCCGACGUGAACUACCUCGAGCGCCCGCUGCUCAUCCCCAAGGAGGAGCUCCUCCCCCGCCCUCCCCCCGAGGAGAAGCUCGAGGACCUCAUCCUCAUGGCUCAGGUGACGAAGUUCACUUGCGGCGGAUUCGUGGUCGGGAUCUGCUUCAGCCAUCUGGUGUUCGACGGGCAGGGCGCGGCGCAGUUCCUCAAGGCGGCGGGCGAGCUGGCGCGGGGGCUGCCGGCGCCGUUGGUGGCUCCGGUCUGGGGCCGCGACGCGAUCCCGGACCCGCCCAAGCUGCCACGUGGGCCCCCGCCGUCGUUCACGGCGUUCAGCUUCGUGACCCAGGUGGUCGAGAUCUCGCCGGAGAGCAUCGCGCGCAUCAAGGACGAGUUCAAGGACGCGACGAGGCAGACCUGCUCCACCUUCGACGCUGUCACGGCGGUGGUGUUCAAGUGCCGCGCGCUGGCCGCGGGCCUCCCCGACGACGCCGAGGUCCGGCUCGGCUUCGCCGCCAGCACGCGGCACCUCCUCCACGACGUGCUGCCGUCGGUGGACGGCUACUACGGCAACUGCGUGUACCCGGUGGGCAUCACCCGGACCAGCAAGACCAUGCGUGAGGCGUCGCUGGCGGAGGUGGUCGGCGUGAUGCGGGAGGCGAAGGAGGCGCUGACCGCGCGGUUCACGGACUGGAUGCGCGGCGGCGCCGGCGACGACCACUACAACGUGCCGCUGGACUACGGCACGGUGACGGUGUCGGACUGGAGCCGUGUUGGGUUCAACGAGGUGGACUACGGCUUCGGCGAGCCGGGGUACGUGUUCACGCUCAACGACGACGUCAACAUCGUCGCGUCGGUGAUCUACCUCAAGCCGCCGGCGCCCAAGCGCGGCAUCCGGCUCAUGCUCCGCUGCGUCGAGGAGCCGCACGCCGCCGCGUUCGCCGACGAGCUCGCCAAGUUCGCGUAGAUGGUGCUUCUUGCUUGGCUUCGCCGUGCGUGUUGUAACUCAAUUUAACAGUAUUUACACUUUGCGCUGUCACACGCUCAUCGGCAUUGUUGUGUGCAGAGUGCAAUGUUUGCAUGUAUUAUGAUCCAUAUACGGAUAUACCAAGGUUGUCGAGAUUUGCCGUAA